AUGCUAAUAUUGAUUUUUGGAGUGUUAUUGCUGAUGAAUGAAGUCGAAAGUCGAGCCCCAUUUCUGAGGGAUCGACCUAGAGGACUUGGCCUUCUACAAUUGCCAACAGGAAUGACCGAUGAACGAUCGGGUCUUUUCUUUCCUGGUUUAACGGUGGCUGGGAAUAAAGCUGGUGAGAAGCCGCAGAGCGUCCCCGAUGUGCACUUGCCCGGUCAGAAGAUGGAUUUCACUGGGAGAUCAGCUUUCAAUCCAUUCACCCACAUUGCCUCAGCUGUCUACAACGAGGAUUUGGUCGAUUCUUGGGGAACUGGGUUUGCUGUGAAUGGUGUCAACAAUUUCAAUCUGGGCGUUCGUCGAAACUUCGACCAAUUCGCCGACGCGCCAUUGUUUCGAAACGACGGAAUGUACCAACCGUUCAUUACUUCUGGCGCCGUUGGAGCCGAGUACGAUUUUGUGAAAAUACGCGAGGUUUCGGGUCACUUGGACAUUCCCCUACCCGGCAUAAACGAGCUUUUCGACUUCGACGGUCGAAUCUUGCUUAAGGGUAACGGAAACGGUAUCCUCAACUCGGCGAUGGAGUUCCCGUUGGUGUUGUCGGAUCCGAACGAGCGCGCGCCGUACACGUUUAAAUAUCUGAAUUUUAUGGCCGAUCGGCACAUGCAAUACGGUCACGUGGUACCGAAUGUGAACCUGAUGGUGGUGCCGAAGAACAAGAUCAUGGAAAGAUUGCGGCAGAAUCGAUUGAAUCCGACAAUGAUCGGA